AUGGAGAAAGAGGAUACAUCUUCAGAUGAGAAAGAUAAGUUUGAGUAUUUGGAUGCACUGAGGAAGGAGAAGGGAAAACACUCACCUAAAGGGAGGAAUUAUUUCAGUCUAUUACAUGGGGGUAACUCUGUACUGCAAAAAAUAUACCAAGGAGACAACAGGAAUGAGCGCACUGCAAGCAGAGAAAUUUUCCCUGAAAAAUCAGUUAUUGAUUUGCAAUGGAAUACCUCUAACAGAAAGAAACAAUAUAAAUGUGUGGAGUGUGAAAAAAGCUUUAGGGGAAUGGAUAGUCUAACUUUUCAUCAAAGAAUUCACGCUGGGGAGAAACCAUAUAAAUGCCCGCAGUGUGGGAAAAGCUUCAGCCGGAAGGAUAGCCUAACUUCCCAUCAAAGAAUUCACACUGGGGAGAAACCAUAUAAAUGCCUGGAGUGUGGAAAAAGCUUCAGUCAUAGUGGAUACCUUACUUCUCAUCAAAGAAUUCACACAGGGGAGAAACCAUAUAAAUGCCUGGAGUGUGGGAAAAGCUUCAGUCAGAGAACACUAAUUUGCCAUCAAAGAAUUCACACAGGGGAGAAACCAUAUAAAUGCCUGGAGUGUGGAAAAAGCUUCAGUGUUCGUGGAAGCCUUACUUCUCAUUAUAGGGUUCACAGAGGGGAGAAGCCAUACAAAUGCCUGGAGUGUGGGAAAAGUUUUAGUCACAGCAGAAACCUUGCUUUCCAUCAAAGAAUUCACAGAGGGGAAAAACCAUAUAGAUGCCUUGAAUGUGGGAAAAGCUUCAGAUGGAGUAGUCAGCUUACUUCCCACCAAAGAAUUCAUACAGGGGAGGAACCAUAUAAAUGCCUGGAGUGUGGGAAAAGCUUUCGUGAGAAAGAAUCACUAAUAUACCAUCAACAAACUCAUACGGGGGAGAAAACAUAUAAAUGCCUGGAGUGUGGGAAAAGCUACAGUUUCCGUGGAAGCUUUACUUCUCAUAAAAGAACUCACACAGGGGAGGAACCACAUAAAUGCCUAGAGUGUGGGAAAAGCUUCAGUCGGAGAGGAGGCCUUACUUCUCAUCAAAGGAUUCACACAGGGGAGAAACCAUAUAAAUGCCCAGAAUGUGGGGAAAGCUUCAGAUGGAGAGGAAGCCUUACUUCUCACCAAAUAAUUCACACACGGAGGAACCUUAUAAAUUCCUGGAGUCCGCAUGUCCCGGGCUUCGGCUCCAAUGGCUGGGCGGGCAUCGGCCGGGCUCCAAGACGGUUCGCGAGCGGAGACUCUCCAAGCUCCUGCCCUGAAGAUCUUGUGGGACUCUACGGUGCCCCCAGCCCCAAACUUAGCCGGCAGCAGAGAAAAGACAGCCUUGAUGCCUUCUCUACCAUCUCCUCCACGUGGUGA